AUGGAUUUGAUGCACGUCUACAUCGGCGCGGCCGCCGUACUGGUGUUUGCCUUGGUCGGUCUGGUUCUUCUCGUCUCCUCUCAGCAUAUCAAAGUCGCCAACACUGGAGUUGGCCCUUACUUGAAAUUCAUCUGGGCGAACUUCCUCAAACCGCACGAUAAGAAGGCCGGGGGCCAGCAGGAUGCAUUGGAGAGCUUCUACAAGACUCAGGCCGCAAUUUACGAUGCCACUCGUCGUCGUCUGCUCUGUGGUCGCGAGGACAUGCUUGGUCUUGUGGCCGCACAGAUGAAGUACAAGGUUACCAACAAAGAAGUCAAGUCUGGAAAGGCUGUCUGGGUGGAUGUCGGUGGCGGUACUGGAUACAACAUUGAAGCCAUGGCGGCCUUCCUCCCGGUCGACAAAUUCUUCAAGCACGUUUACUUGGUCGACCUCUCUCCGUCCCUUUGCGAAGUCGCCCGCGAGCGCUUCGAGCGUCUUGGGUGGAAGAAUGUCACUGUUCUCUGCCAGGAUGCCCGGUCUUUCCAACUACCCGAGAAAGAGCUCAACCCACGGUCUACGAAUGAAGCAAGCGGUGGCGUGGACUUGAUUACUAUGAGCUACAGUCUAUCAAUGAUCCCUGACUACUACAGCGUCGUCGACUCAUUAACCUCCCGCCUGAAGUCCACUGGAAUGUUGGGUGUGUGUGACUUUUACGUCCAAAGCAUCGUGGAUGUGUCCUGCCGCAACUACACUGGUGGCGCCUUCAACCGCCAUGUCAACUGGCUUGGACGUGUAUUCUGGAGAGCCUGGUUCGAUUUCGACCGGGUCAGUCUUGAAGCCGCCCGCCGCGACUACCUGGAAUACAAGUUUGGUACUGUCAUCUCCGCCAGCGAACGAAACUACUUGCUUGGCGGCAUUCCCUACUACAUCUUUGUUGGUUGCCCAAAGGAAAUCGAAGCUACUCCAUCAAGUCAAUCCAUUGAAAAGCUGAAUGCGUCUUUUACUGAGUCUCCUUACCUGCUUCCUGCCAAUCACAAACAGGAGAUGGAUGAUGCAGUGGUGAAGAGCACAAACGAGAUUCGCUCCAAGGCAUAUGAGUCUGCUGUGAUUAACCUGAGUGCAAACCUGCCGCUUCCAUCAUCCUUUUACCAGAACCACCACUACCGCAUUCAUUACAACGACAUGCUGCCCAAGCAUACUCAGUUCCAGAACGAGUAUAUCUACGCAUUCACAUGGGAAGACCCGCGAGUUGACCACCGUCUCCUGAAUAUCGGCAAAGACGACGUGAUCCUGGCGAUCACCAGUGCUGGCGACAAUAUUCUUGAUUAUCUGCAAAAGAACCCCCCGCCGUGUGCACGCUCAUUGGGCCACCGGGAUAUGUGGAAGAUCUUCGGUGAUGGCAAGCACGCCCAGUUCCGUGAACUGCUAAUCUCCAAACUCAGCCCUCACCUGUCCAGCCAGGCUUUCCAGUACUGGCUCGAGCACAGCCAGACCUUCACCUCUACUUCUGGCCAUGGUCUGUACGAGACUGGUGGAUCUCGCCACGCCAUUCGCAUGGUGCGAUGGCUCUUCAAUGUCUUCGGACUCCAGGGUGAAGUUCGCAAGCUGUGUGAAGCACAAACUAUCGCAGAGCAGCGCGAAAUCUGGCCUCGCAUUCGUGGUGUGCUAAUGAGCCGGCCCCUCCACUGGGCUAUUGUGAGCACUGAAUGGUUCGCCUGGAAGGCCGCCGGUGUGCCACGCAACCAGAGAAAUAUGAUCGUCGACGACUUCUUCCGCCGCAACGGCUUGACGGAAGAUAUGAAGAAGGCCAAGGACGUCAGCGGCCGGUCAAUUUGGGAAUACGUUGUCAAUACUCUUGACCCUGUGGUCAACGAGACUCUGAUCAGCAAUGACAACUAUUUCUACUUCCUUUGCGUUCAGGGCAAAUUCUCACGGAGAUGCCACCCCACCUAUCUUUCUCCUCAAGCACACGUCCGACUUUCCACGCCUGGUGCAUUUGAUGGACUUCGUAUCCACACUGAUGAGAUCAACGAGGUGAUCAACCGUAUCACCCCAGGAACCCUGACUAUCGCUGUGGUCAUGGACUCAAUGGACUGGUUCGAUCCCGAAGGGGAUUCAGCCCCUAACCAAGCCCGAACUUUCAACAAAGCCUUGAAGAAGGGCGGUCGCAUUCUCCUCCGUUCCGCCAGUAUCGAUCCUUGGUACAUCAAGCACUUUGAGGAAAACGGCUUCUCUGCUCGUCGCGUGGGAGCUCGUUUCCCAGGUACAUGCAUUGACCGGGUAAAUAUGUAUGCAUCCACCUGGAUCUGUACUAAAACCGAAGACAUGUCCCGCCCCAGUACAGACCGCAAAAUGUCGACUCUCUCAUUGGGGGACAGCGCUAUUGCCGGAGGCGAGAUGCCGAGCAGCGUGGAGAAUCUGUUGAUUUAA